AUGAGGAACGAGGAAGAAGAUGAUGGCACCGGCGCUGGGCUCCAUUAUGAAAAGGACAUGAUUAAUCACCUCUUCUACUCGGCCAAGGGCAACCCACUCAUCGACAACCAGCGGAGAGGCCAAGCACAGGCCUUGGGCGGCGAAGAAGACUAUGGGGGGGAGGGGAUCAACUUUGAAGACAUCGAUGAAGAUGGUGAUGGAGGAGAGCACCAUCCCUUCUACCUGCCCCAGGGCAUCACCGAAAUCGACGAUUCUGAGCUCGAGGAGUUGCUCUACUCCUCCGAAGAUGACGAUUCUGAUGGAGCAGCGGCGGGUUUGGAUGGUGGUGUCGGUGGGGGCGUACUGCCGCACUCGGCCAAGUAUCAGGCCCUCAGCCUGCGGGCCAGCAGGGGCCACGACCAGCAGAGCGGCAGCCUACCGCACUACCAUACCACCACCCGCUCGGCGAGCUAUCGCAGCAGCCCCCCUGUGCCCUUCCACCAGCACCAGCACCAGCACAGCAGCAGCGCGCACCAGUACUACAACUACUUCGAGGGAGACUCGGAGAGCGGUGACAACUCGCACACGAGCCUGCCCUGGGCACCCGGCCUGCCGCAGCACGUGAGCGAGGCGGAAGACGUGCUGUAUCGCUCGGCCGGUUCGCUGUUCACCCAGGACUUUGCCGACAUCUUGCAGUCGCGCGCCAAGACGUCGGCCUCGACCGGAGACAUUCCGCUCUACGUGGCGUCGCCCAACGAGAGGAUUGUGGACAACGGCCGCAUCAACGCCGGCGGCUUCCAGAAGAGGCAGCAGCUGGACAUGGAGAUCGCAGGGCUGCAGCAGCUGCAACAGCACUACCACCACCACCAUCAGCAGCUCGACCGGGAGUGGGAGCGCGAGCGCAAGUGGGAGCUCAUGGAGAAGGAGCGGGAGCGACAGCGCAGGAAUUCGUACGACACGCCGUCACCGACGUCGUCGGCGAUAUGGAGCAGAGCGGUGGGCGGCGACGCGCAGGGCAGUGUAUAUAGGCAGCAGCACCACGGAGGGAGCGGGAGCGGCGGUCAUUACCACAGCAGCGGGAGCCUCGGGGGCAUCGAGUCGGCGUCGCACAGCCGCCCGGCGGAGAAAGCGGUGAACAAAUCCACGCCCAGUCUGCCGGUCAGCGGCCUGAUGGCGCCGACUGCGCCCAAGUCUGCGCCGCUGCCGCAGGAAAAGAAGCACACGCCGCCGCCGCCGGCGACAGCGCAGCCACCGCCCGGGCCUCUCCCGCAGCAGCAGCAAUCGCAGCAGGGCGGGUCGACGGUCAAGCUGACCCCGCCGAUCUACAACACGCCGUCGUCGUCGCAGCAUCAGAAGAAGACCGUCUGGAAGCAGCGCAGCCCACCGACACCGCCACAGCACCAGGUGCCCGGCGGCGGCUCGGCCCCCAACGCCGGCACCGUACCGCCUGCACAAGCUGUCGCUUCGGCGGACGGCGCGAUUGGAGGCGCGUUCUUGACUAGUGAGCCUGGGCCAUCGCAGCCUCAGGCCCACGCAGGCCAGCUCCCGAAUCCACAGCGGUCGCCCGUCCGCCAGGGCACGCCGGGCAGCCAGCACCAGGGCCAGCACCAGCCGAUGAUGCUGCCGCCCGGCGUGCGCGCCCUCUCACCGCCGCGAUCGCCCACCCGGUCGGGCGCUCGCGGCGCCACGCCGAAUUCCAACUUGCCCCAAGGACAUCCGGUGCUCACCUUCGCCGGCGUAGUGGUGGCCGUGCCGAUCGUGUUCUGGGUUGUGCGUGACAACAACCUUUUCGUGAUGGCCAGCGAGUACACCGCCACGCCAAGUGACCUGGGAAUGGACUAUGAGGACCUGUACAUUACGACCGCCGACGGUGUCAAGAUCAACUGUUGGCUGGUGAAGCAGAAGGAAGACUACCAGGACAAGCCCACCCUCAUCUACUUCUCGGGCAACGCGGGAAACAUCAGCCAUCGACUGGAGAAAGUGUGGAAGACAUUCUACCGCGGCGUUGGCUGUAACGUGUUGUUGGUCUCCUACAGGGGCUACGGACGAAGCGAUGGUUCACCGAGCGAGAGGGGCCUGCGAGCAGACGCAGAGGCGGCGUUCGAUUAUCUGGUCUCGCGGAGCGAUAUCGACAAGACCAGCAUCUUUGCCUAUGGCCACUCGCUUGGCUGCGGUGUCGCCAUUCAUCUCACGCGAGCAACCAACGCGCACGCUCGCGAUCUUGGUCAGGGAACCAACGCUGGCAGGCGAGCGCAGCUCCCUGUAGUUCGAGGCCUCAUUCUCGACAACGGAUUCACGUCCGUCAGCGAUAUGGUGAGCCACAUCUACCCAUCGUGGACGCCAUACGUGAUCUUCAAGUCGCUGCUGCUGCGCAACUUUUGGGAGAACGAGAAGGAGGUCGCGGACAUCCCGCAGCCGCUGCUGGUCCUCACGGCGCCCAAGGACACACAGGUGCCCUCGUGGAUGAGCAAGAAGGUGUUCGACUCUGCGACAGCCAGUGUACACAAGGAGAUGCACAGCUUCGAGUGGGGCACGCACGACGACAACUGGAAGCAGCCACAAUAUGCCGCCACCAUCAAGCGCUUCAUGGAGCUGGCCAGCGCCGCCGACUCCGACUUCAGCGACCAUCAAUAA